AUGGCGUCUACCUCUGAUCAGUUCUUCUAUCUCGAUAGCCCAACUCAAUUCGAGGAGUGGGUCGACUUUGACCAAUUCUUGGAUCUGCCCUCCGCCUAUGGCGACGAAUAUUCCGCCUCGGCCUCGACCAAUUCGGUCUCGCCAGACAUGGCCUUGCCCUACGAUGCUGAGAUGCUGGGCACUGACCUGCUGGACUUCAGCCAAUCCACCUUCCCGGACAUGAUCGACUACGACGCUUCGCAGGAGAGCUUCUUCGCGGAUCUAUCGCCAGAGAUGGGCAUGAUCCCCGACCAGGCUGCUGCGUUGGAUGACAGCACCCUCUACAGCUACCCGCAAUACGACGCUUCUUUCGACUUCCGUCAAAUGGUCGAAGCGCAGGCCGCUGCCGACCCUCGCAUUGCGUCUAUCAAGGAGAAGCGCCGUGAAGCUGCCAUUGCGUUGCAUCUGCAGCGGCUGUGCGAGGCCACUGCCCUUGACCUUGAUAUGUCUUCCGACUCCAACACCACUUUCUCCUCACCAGCCUGGUCAGACUAUGUUCGCGGAAGUAACUCUCCGCAAUCCGCUAGUGCCAGUGCUAGCCCGAAAUCUCCCUCCGCCCCUGCCCCUGCCACUGGAGGAGUCGAAAUGGUCCUUGACCUGAACAUGAACGCUGCUGCGAAUCUGCCGAAGAAGCAGAAGCCCCGUUCUCAGGCACAGAAGGAGAACUAUAUCAAGGCUCGGAAAUAUGGAGCCUGCGAGAAGCACAAGAAGCAGCACAAGCGAUGCAACUGCCUGGAGAAGGCCGCCGCCCGCAUGGGUGUUUCCGAUGUUCCAAUGAAUGUGGCUUACAAGGAACGGCCACAACAAUUGGUACAUUCGUCACCAGUCCUUCCAGAUUCACGCGUCUCCAGUGUACCAGGUCACGACAGACAAUCCGUCUCACCUAGACUCCGUCCACUGCCCAAUGUCUCAAUCGGCGAGGCCCUGAAGAGGGCCGUCAACAACUCUCCAGGACACGAUAUAUCGACCAACUCGAGUGGCGUACUCCCGUCCGUGAGGACAACGGUGAAGCGCACCAGUCGUGUCCCCGAACACAACCCACAACUCAACGUAUCCGCCUUCUCGGAUCCAGCCAAGCAGGCUGGCAAGCUUGCUGCUGUUCAAUCCCGCCAAGCAGUCAAUGUCAAGCGGAACAGCAGCGGCAUCCGCGGACACGAUCCUCAAUACAGCGCUUCCGUCUUCUUGACCCCUGCCAAGGAAGCCAGCAAGAAUGUUGUUUCAUCGGGACAGAAUGUCUCGCACCCACCCGCGAGCGUCACUCAACUCAUACAAGCAACACACAGCCGUGGCGUCCCGCAGUCAAAUCUGCGCGGCACUGCUGCUGCCCUGUCUGCCGUCAAGACGGCCUUGACGGCCGACAGGGCUGCUGGAUCUCUUGGACAGGAUGCCCUCCGCCAAUCCUCGAACGUCCCUCAAUCCGUCAAAGCCACAAACCGGCGGGCCAUUGGCCAGACGAAUCUCCGCUGGCGCGUUGUCGGAUUCUCCGCGACAACCGAUACUGGUGUCACCAGGGUUGUCCAGGAGAACAACAACAACAACAACACCACCACCAGACAGACCACGCCAACUUCGAGAAUCUCGAAGGCAAGCAUCACGCGCGCUCCAAACUUGGAUGUCCGGCGUCCCCGAGAGACGCUGUCUUCUCUUCGUGUAGACAGCCCUGCACCGUCAACAACGCCAGCCUCUUCCCAAGCCCAAUCCUCCACUCUGGCCACCAAUGGCCGCAAAUAUGGAAAUUUGGGUGUACUGGCAACCAGCCACACGCCGCGAUUCAUGGCCGGCUUCCAGAAGCCACUGGACAUUCUCUCCACUCGUGCGCACGCACAAGCGGAAGCGUCCUCCCAAGAUCGUCGCUCCGAAUCACUGGCCCAAACCUCUCGCUGUCCGAGCCCUCAGGCCGGACAGCACAGCCUUGUGGCUCGGUCAAUUUCUACCCAAUUGGGUGGCCUCUUCUCAAGCACUAUGUCGGCCAUUGCUGGCCUUGGACUUUCCUCGUCCUCGGCUGUCUCCUGGUCUGAGCAAUCAAUUGGCAAGUGCAUGUCCAUUUUGGGUAGCCAGCUGAUGUCUGCGAGAAGAUUCUUGCAAUCGUCUCUCAUCUAA